AUGGCGCGCCAAUUCUUCGUCGGCGGGAACUUCAAGAUGUCCGUAUUCUACCCCUCCACGCUGGAAAAAGGGCAGAAUGGGACGGUUCAGUCCAUCAAAGAGAUCAUCGAGAACCUCAACAAUGCCAAAAUCGACGAGAAUGUUGAAGUCGUCAUCUCCCCGCCAACGAUCUACCUCCUCCUAACCCGCGAGCACCUCCGCUCUGGCCUCGAAGUCGCCGCCCAAAACGUCUUCAACAAGCCCAACGGCGCCUUCACGGGCGAAAUCUCUGUUUCACAGCUCAAAGACUCCGGCAUAACCUGGGCGCUCCUCGGUCACUCCGAACGCCGCACCAUCCUCUCCGAAUCCGACGACUUCGUCGCCUCCAAGACCAAGGCCGCGCUGGACGGCGGGCUGGGCGUUAUAUUGUGCUGUGGCGAGAGCCUGGAGCAGCGGGAGGCGGAAAAGACGAUCGAGGUCGUGACGAGCCAGCUGAAGGCCGUUGCGGACGCUGUUGGCAAGGACUGGAGCAAGAUCGUCAUCGCGUACGAGCCGAUUUGGGCGAUUGGCACGGGGAAGGUGGCGAGUACUGAGCAGGCGCAGGAAGUGCACAAGGCGAUCCGGGAGUGGCUUAAGAAGGAGGUGAGCGAUGAGGCGGCGGAGAAGACGAGGAUUAUCUAUGGCGGCAGUGUGAAUGAGAAGAACUGUGGGGAACUGGCGAAGCAGGAGGAUAUUGAUGGGUUUUUGGUCGGUGGAGCCAGCUUGAAGCCGGCGUUUGUGGACAUUAUCAACGCAAAGAGCAAAUGA